GACCAACUUGACCGACAGUUGUGCAAAAGGAAGGCAGUGGUGACAGGCUUCGGUCAGCGUCGCCCUCGCAGAGGCAGAAAUAACCCAAGUGUAUUUUGGUGGUCAUACAAAUCAGCAGCCGUGCCACGCCGCGCCCCAACCCCCAGCGGAGCCGUCAUGUGGCAGGAGGCCCGCAAACAUGAGCGCAAGCUCCGCGGCAUGAUGGUGGACUACAAACGCCGUGGCGAGCGCCGCCGUGAAUAUUACGAAAAAAUAAAAAAAGACCCCGCUCAGUUUCUUCAGGUUCAUGGCCGAGCCUACAAGAUCCACCUGGAUCCUGCUGUAGCACUGGCUGCAGAGAGUCCUAUCAACAUGAUGCCAUGGCAAGGAGAUGCCAACAACAUGAUUGACAGAUUUGAUGUAAGGGCUCACCUGGACUACAUCCCAAUGUACACUCCUCCACUACUCAGCACUGUGACCCCAGAGCAGGAGUCAGAGGAAAGGAAAUGCAAUUAUGAGCGAUACAGAGGGCUGGUUCAAAAUGACUUCGCCAACAUCUCAGAGGAGCAGUGUUUGUAUCAGAUCUACCUGGACGAGCUCUACGGUGGCCUGCCGAAACCAAAUGAGGAUGAGAAGAAAAAACUGUCGGAAAAGAAGGCCACUAUCGGAUACACCUACGACGAUAGCACUGUGGCAGAACCUGAACCCCAGUCGGAUAAAGAUGAGGAAAAUUCCGAGAACAGUGAAUCGGAAGAAGAUGAAGGCAUCCCAGAUAUAGAUGUGGAGGUGGAUGUUGAUGAGCUCAACCAGGAACAGGUGAUAGAUCUGAACAAAAUGGCAACUCCGUAUGGAAUGGCCGAGGGAGACUUUGUUAGGAUGUUGAGGAAAGACAAAGAGGAAGUGGAGGCCAUCAAACAUGCCAAGGCUCUGGAGGCAGAGAAGGCCAUGUACUCUGGUCGACGUUCACGCAGACAGAGGAGGGAGUUUCGAGAGAAGAGACUAAAAGGGAGACAGAUAAGCCCACCUAGCUAUGCCAGGAGAGACAGCCCGACAUAUGACCCCUACAAACGACCAGAGUCAGAAUCUAGUUCUGAGUCCCGUUCCCGUUCGCGGACUCCUGGUCCAGAGAAGAUCACCUUCAUCACCAGCUUCGGAGGCAGCGACGACGAAGCUUCCGCAGUGACGAAUGCUGCUCCUCCUCACUCUGGCCAUGCCCUUUCCAACUCGCAGCACCCCGCAGGUCAUAGCAGGGGCUCCCGGAGACGAAGGUCCUCCUCCAGUCGCUCUCCUGCCUCCUCCUCCCGCUCUUCAUCUCGUUUCUCCUCUCGUUCCUCCUCCCGCUCACGGCGUGUUCGACGGGGACGUGGCGGCAGAGAUGGACGGCGUUCUCGAUCCAGGCGGCGCUCCUACUCCCGCUCAAGGGGAAGAGGAGGCAACGGAGGGUCCACGUCCUGGAGAAGACGUGAUCGAACACGAUCUCGUUCUAGUGACCGAGACAGAGAGCGAGAAAGGGAGAGGGACAGGGAUAGAGACAGGGACAGGGACAGGAGGCGCUACACAUCACGCAGACGAACAAAGUCCCGUUCCAGCUCACGGCAAGGGGGCAGUUCCAGGCGGGGGGGUCGGAGUUCUGGAGGCCAUCGCCGGGGGGGCAGCAGCCCCAGUCCCUCCCAGUCCCCCAUUCACCCCGCUAACAGCCCCUCGCCUGCACACAGAGGGGCCCCGCCCUCUACCGCCGCCCUCUCUGACAAGCUAAGAAAGCCUGAUACUGCGAGUGGUAAAGAGACGGGAGCUGCCAAACCCAAGAUGACCCCGCAGGAGAAGCUGAAGCUGCGGAUGCAGAAGGCUCUCAACAAGCAGUCCAAGGCGGAUAAGAAAGCAGCCCAAGUGAAGAUCCAGCAGCAGGAACACAAGCGACAGGAGCGAGAGGGAGAACUCCGAGCAAUGGCACGUAAAAUCCGCAUGAAGGAGCGCGAGCGGCGAGAGAAAGAGAGGGAUGAGUGGGAGAGACAGUACGGCCGGCAGAGCCAUUCGCCCUCCCCAUCCAAAUAUGGCCGAGACUACAGCUCAUCCAGACGGAGGUCAAGGUCCCGGUCAAGGAGUCCAUACUACCGAUAUUAGGCGGACCAGUGAGACACAUGAAUGCAUCCCACGGUCCCGAUCCCCACUAUGCAGUCCUUUCCCUUUACACUGUCCAGCAGAAUAAAGUGUGAGGAAGCAUAGCUCAGACGGAUGGAUCCACAAUAUAAAUAAAAAACCUACUUGGAACUGUACAUUGUGAUGAACGGCUUGCGUCUGGAGUGUCGCGUUGUGAUGAGUGAUACUUCGUGUCACAAAUUAGACUGGUAAUUUAGCCAGGUUAUCUGUUUAAUCAGACAUUUUUUCCACUUUACGAAGACAUUAAAAGAGGCUUCUGAUCUCUUAAUUACUGCUUUCCUGUUUCUUUAAUAUAUAACAGCAGUAAGUUCAGUGCACUCUUACGUUUGGGCUGAUUUUAUUUUUUUGUAUGUAUAUUUUCUUAAUAAUUGUAUAAUACUUAGAACCAGUGCCGUCUCUGGCCCUACGUCUUCCCGUGUCCUCUGCCCCCCUUUUCCGAGUCUCCGCACCGCAGUCCAUUUAAAUAAAGCCAAGUAAACGAAUGUACAGGAUAUUUCUAGGUGUUAAUUUAAAAUAAAAACUGAUUAAAAUGUAAAACCU